AUGGAAGAUGCAAAAGUAAUCAAUUAUGUGAGCUCACUAAAACGAGUGUAUCCGGUACGAACAUCUGGUAAUGGAAAUUGCCUUCUACAUGCUGUACUCCUAGCUAUGGUGGGUAUCCACGAUUUGAACCUUCAUUUACGUGAUCGACUAAAAACUUUCAUGGAAACAAAUGAGAAAUCACUUAAAACUCACUGGCGAACACAGCGAUUGAGAAAUGAUCGAAUGUAUGGUGUUCAAUUGGAAGAUACAGAACUUGACAAAGAAUGGCAAGAAUUAUGUGAUCUGGUUCGAUACGAAAAUGUUGAAGACGAACAAGCAACAACGUGUCUCCGUUUUCUCGAGGCAGUACAUGUUUUCUCACUAUCGAAUAUGCUUCAACGACCGAUUAUUCUCUUCUCCGAAGAUGUCAUUCGAAAUAAAUAUGGUGAAGCAAUUUCGAUCAAUGAUCUUUCUACAACACAGAAAGUAUCGAAUAAUCGCCCAUCGAAAGCUCAAAUUAAUAAUAGAAUAAUACGUGAGCAAUCAUCAUCAAUAUAUUUAUAUAAUUAUUCACAAAUGACCCAAAUUACAACGAGACAAAUCCCUUAUUCACACAAUCAUGAUCAAUAUUCAUUGACAAACUAUCAAAAAUAUUCGUCUCAUGACAGUUUCAAAUAUGUCAUUCCAUCACAAGAACAAGCAUAUGAUCAAGUAAAAUACACACAAAUAGCAUCUGAUGAAUCAAAUGCUUUUAAUCAUUAUCUUGAUCUUGAAGGACAAUAUCUUCCAGAAGUAUUAUUCAAUGAAUCAUUAGAAAGAUAUUCUCCACAACAAAUGUCAAUAAUACCAUAUAAUGAUUUUAGUAAUAUAGAGCGAAUUGAUAUUCAACAUAUACUCAAUCCUAUUCAACAAGAUUAUUUUCAUACUGUUCAACCAUAUGCAUCCAGUGUAACAUUUAAAAAUAAUUAUGAAGAUGAUCAUCUUUUAGUUGAUAAUGAAUCAAUGACGGUAGCACCUAUACAAACAGGUUCUUUUUUAUUGUCAAUUUAA